UCUCCUCCCAGCUCGCGAGCCUCGGCUACAUCUGUGUCUGUCAGCCAGAGUAGAUGCAACGGCGGCAGCGGCGGCAGCAGUGUGGCAGCAGCAGGGACUUGUCUCAGGCGUCGGGCAGCCUCUCUGUGACAUUCUGCCUCUACUCGACUGAGAGGCGGCACAGUUUUGAUUCAGCUUAGCUCAGGCGGGAAGAAAAAAGUUCCCCCCACUCCUCUUUCCUUGGCUCCUGAGCAGAUUCUACUAAUUUAUGAAUGACAGAGGAAGGAUGCUCUGCUAUUUGAGGACACCACCUUUCUCAUCUGGACACCCAGUGGCUCUCUCGGAUGCCUGAUGGGAGCAUGAUGCUGUUCUCUGCGACUCUUGGGCAGGGAUGGCCGAGGGCGUCCGGCGUCCGACCUCCUCCACCGCCUCUGUGCUCACACUUUUCCCCCGAAUCCCCCUGGCAUGCGAGGUCAAGUCAGCAGGCUCUGUCAACCUCCUCAUUCCCGUCUCCAGCUGUGCUGUGAUCCUGUUCCUCGGUGCCACACUUGACCCGAAAGCUUCCCAGGCAAAACAAAGGGAUUAACCAUGAACUUUGCUCCGACCAGGGGCCACUGCUCUGAUGAAAGUCAACUAAGAUCUUCAUGAAGAUGAGAAAUCAAAACACACCACACGUCGUGGUUGGAUGCCAAUAAAGCACAAGACCAUGGAAGGGGAAAAUAUACUGAACUCAACUGUGAAUAGCAGCUCAAUGGCUAUCCUCCUAGUGACACACAGUCUCUGGGAGGUGAUCACCAUUGCGACUGUGUCAGCCAUAGUCAGCCUCAUCACCAUUGUGGGGAAUGUUCUCGUGAUGCUCUCCUUUAAAGUCAACAGCCAGCUGAAGACUGUGAACAAUUACUACCUGCUGAGUCUGGCAGUUGCGGACCUCAUUAUUGGUGUUUUCUCCAUGAAUCUGUAUACCUCUUAUAUACUGAUGGGCUACUGGGCCUUAGGAAACCUCGCCUGUGACCUGUGGUUGGCAUUAGACUAUGUCGCCAGUAAUGCAUCCGUCAUGAACUUGUUGGUGAUCAGUUUUGACAGAUAUUUCUCCAUCACCAGGCCUCUGACAUACCGGGCCAAACGCACUCCCAAACGAGCUGGGAUUAUGAUAGGUUUAGCCUGGCUGGUAUCGCUUAUUCUGUGGGCUCCACCCAUUCUCUGCUGGCAGUACUUUGUUGGGAAAAGGACAGUUCCUGAGAGGCAAUGCCAGAUCCAGUUCUUCUCUGAGCCUGUUAUAACCUUUGGGACAGCGAUUGCAGCCUUUUACAUCCCCGUGUCAGUCAUGACAAUCCUCUACUGUCGAAUCUACAAGGAGACAGAGAAGAGGACCAAAGAUCUGGCUGAGCUUCAGGGGAUUAACUAUGCCACAGACACUGGGGUCACUCAGCCCCCGAAGACCAUUAUCAGAUCCUGUUUUAGCUAUAAGCUACGAUCGGCCUCGCAUGACAGGAACCAGGCCUCCUGGUCCUCUUCCAGCAGGAGCAACGCGGCCAAAUCAGCAGCCACCACCAAUGACGAGUGGUCCAAAGCAGGUCAGCUGACUACCUUCAACAGUUAUGCCUCCUCAGAGGACGAGGACAGGCCAGUGUCUCCAGGAGGCUUCCAGCCCUCCUUCAGGAACCAGGCUUGCGAGACGAGCAAGAGUGGAGUGGGAAGUGAGAGCGAGCAGCUCAGCAGCUAUGACGAGGACAGCUUCUUCCAGACGCCACCAAAGAGCAACUCUCAGAAGAGCGGCAAGUGUGUUUCCUACAAGUUCAAACCCAUGGCCAAAGACACUCCCGUAGAGCACCAGAGCAAGAAUGGAGACACCAAAAUGGCGUCGUCAACGUUUUCCUCGGCGGAGUCCAUGAGCAUUCCAUCCACGUCCUCAACUUCUAAACCCAUCGACGCCACGCUGAAGAACCAGAUCACCAAGAGGAAGAGGAUGGUGCUGAUCAAGGAGAGGAAGGCAGCUCAGACUCUCAGCGCUAUCUUGCUGGCCUUCAUCCUCACAUGGACGCCGUAUAACAUCAUGGUGCUGAUUUCCACCUUCUGCUCUGACUGUAUCCCCCUCUCCCUCUGGCAUCUUGGCUACUGGCUGUGCUACGUCAACAGCACUGUCAAUCCCAUGUGCUACGCCCUCUGUAACAAGACGUUUCAGAAGACCUUCCGCAUGCUUCUACUCUGCCAGUGGAAGAAGAAAAGGAUUGAGGAGAAACUUUACUGGUACGGACAGAACCCUGUGGUCAGCUCCAAACUGACAUGAAUUAUUCUUUUUCUAAGUGGUGUAUGACAAUGGCUGUAAAUCAAAUGUUUGUACUGAUAAUCUUGGCUACAGUAUAUGAACUUGA